CUGAUGAUGUAUAUUCGCCUCGGACUGGUACAUUUCUGACAUUUUGGCUUAUUUCAGGAGCUAAGGCAAACCAGAAAUGAAAUUAGUACGAAAUCACAUUACACGUCUUAUCGCACCAUCUGAAGCAUUUGUCCUACUUCCAGAGAGGCUCUGUGACGUUCAAGUUCGUCGUGACACCUAUGGAAUUAGAGCAGAAGACUGUCUUUCUCAGCUAAUUCUAAGCCAGCUAAAUAAGUCCAAGUCUAAUCUUGGCACAAAGCUUAUUCCACUUAAUUGGUUCAACCUACUUCUAGAACCUCAAAAGAUGGCAUCGGUUGUUGCAGCUAUUUUACCCAUUGUUAGUGAAUCGAAUUUUAACGAAGAAAAGCUGAUGAAAAGAUGCGUAGUUGAAGUUUUCCCUAAUAUAUAUCGGUGGAAUUUCAAACAGCUGCCAAACCUUCAAGUGGUUAUAGUCGUUCCUUGGCCGGACCCAUUAUUUGACUUAUUUGACAAAAAUACCGUCAACUGUAGGACCUCUUACCAGGGCAAAUCAGAAGAUCUCAUAACACUUGGAAAACUGUCUACAUUUGGCAAGAGUUAUUUCAUCAAUUUAAAGCACGUGCUAAAUUUUGGGACCAAGAUAUAUUUUGUACCUGAUAUUUUCCACCAGUCAACAGCAGAAUUAGCAAUAUCAUUAAUAACAACAUUAAGUCGAGGUAUAUUUAAAGACACAAAUGAACUAUUUCAAAAAUGGUUGCUAACACAACAAACAAAUUCAAUGUCGAAUGUUAACAAUUAUCCAAUGAUAUCCUACAUGUUAUUACAUAAAAAUGAUAAUUCAUUAAUACGAAGAUUAUCGCUGAAAUUGAAAAAGUUGACUAAUUUAAAUGAUUAUAAACAGUUUACAAGAAGGAGAAGAAGAAAAGGGAUUUAUACGAAACCGAAGAAAAUGACUUCUCCUUCAGCUGACCUUCUUCCUCAUUGUCGACCUAUGACUACUAUUGUGGAUCAUUCUAAAGAUUAUGAAAUGAUGGUAACGAGAAGAAAUACUCUCCCGGAAAUAAUAACAUCACCACUCGUCAAUAUUCGGAAUUCUACAUUUCAGUUAUGUAAACAAAUUAAAGGAUCAAGAAUUGGUUUGAUUGGUUUAAUGAAUGAAACAUCCAAACAGAUAGCAUUGAUUGCCCAAUCAGGUUUAGGCAUGGAAGUGAGUUAUUAUCAAAUGCAUCCAUUACCAGAUACUACUUAUAAAUAUUAUAAGUAUCUUGAAGAUUUACUCGGAAUGAAUGAUUACAUCAUAUUAGCUGAUGAUACAGUCAAUCAGUCAAUUCCAUGGUGUUUAAAUACCCCUGUGGCGGAUAAAAAUACAACCAAUAAAGCUGUUGAAUAUAAAAUUAAACCAAAAUUAUGGUUAAGUACAGAACAGUUGAAAUAUUGUAAUAAAGAGGCACUUUUAAUUUCAGUAACAUCUAGUCAAUGUAUCGAUUUUACAGCGCUUUCCUUAGCUCUACGAUAUCGUCAACUGGGUGGUGCAGGAAUUACUAUCCCAACAAAAUGGUUUACACCUAUGAAUGAAAUAAAUGUAUUAAAAAAUUUACCGAAUACAUUUAUCCUACCACCAGCAACAAGUUCUGCUUGCUCAAAUCCAACCCUACGUGUUGCUUUAGUCCAUGAAAUUAUUAACUUGAUUGUUAUGAAUUUAGAUAAAAGUGCAGCAAUGAAAGGCGAAAAGAUGACACCAUCAAAUCAAACACUAUUCAAAGUUAAAGAAGAAUAUGUAGGAAGAAAACAAUUCAGCAGGAUGAAGAUGAAUAAAAAGCCAUUAAUUCUUAACAGCUUAAAACGAAGGCUUAGUCAAAGAUAUCGAGAGCAUUAGAUGUACGGAAAUGCAAAUCGACAACAAAGUUAACAACUCUAUGGUGAUCAUCAGAAAGGUUUUUAUAAAAAAAAAGGAUACUUUCUUACAUUCAGUGACCUCAUGGUGAUAAAAAUAAAGAGGUACUCGAAUGAAUGUAUACAUCGAUAUAGGUAUAUAUGUCGUUUCUAACACUGAAAUACUCCUUAAACUAUUUAC